AUGAAGAAUCAUGUGCGUUAUUGUUUCUCUCGUUGUAUUCAAUUCAUAACAACAUCCAUCAACUCUCUCUCCAUAUUUGAUACGAUGGGUUUUAAAGAUACUAUACUAUUUCGUAAUGUCGACUAUCACGGUCGUCUAUACGACAAAUUUCCAAAGGUGUACAAUGUCUAUGUCAUAGGACUGGUCGCUUGUAUAUCCGGUUUCAUGUUCGGGUUCGAUAUUUCCUCGAUGUCUUCGAUGAUAGGCACAUCUCACUAUCAGGAGUACUUCAACCACCCUUCCUCAACUGCGCAAGGUGGUAUUACAGCAUCCAUGGCAGGCGGGUCCUUCUUAGGGUCGUUAAUUUCACCAAAUUUUUCGGAUGCUUACGGUCGUAGAUUCUCUCUGCACAUGUGUGCUACUUUCUGGAUGAUUGGUGCAAUUUUGCAAUGUGCAUCACAAAAUCAGGCCAUGCUUAUUGUUGGCCGUGUUGUCAGUGGUGUUGGUGUUGGUUUCGGUUCCUCGAUUGCACCUGUCUACUGUUCCGAAGUUGCUCCUCCAAAAAUUAGAGGUACGAUUUGUGGUCUCUUCCAACUUUGUGUUACUGUUGGUAUUAUGGUUCUGUUCUACAUUGGUUUUGGAUGCAGUUAUAUUAAUGGUACCGCAGCUUUCCGUGUAACUUGGGGUAUUCAAUUGGUUCCGGGACUUGUCUUACUUACAGCCACUUUUUUCUUACCUGAAUCUCCAAGAUGGUUGGCAAAUAAUAACCGCUGGGAAGAAGCAUAUGAAGUGAUAUCCAACGUGACUGCUCAUGGAAAUAAGGAUGACUCUAAUGUUCAAUUUCAGCUACAAGAGAUCAAGGAGCAGGUUUUGAUUGAUCAACAAGCAGUAAACUUCAGCUACAAACACUUAUUCCGUAAGAAGACCAUUCAAAAGACAUUGGUCGGAAUAUCUGCCCAAAUGUGGCAACAACUUUGUGGUAUGAAUGUUAUGAUGUAUUACAUCGUUUACAUUUUUAGAAUGGCAGGUUAUACUGGCUCAAAUGUUUUGGUUUCGGGGUCUAUUCAAUACGUUUUGAAUGUUGUUAUGACUAUUCCAGCAUUAGUUCUGGUUGAUAAGAUCGGUCGUAGACCAGUUUUAAUUACUGGUGGUAUUUUCAUGUUCAUUUGGUUGUUCGUUGUUGCUGGUCUUCUAGCCACUUAUUCCGUUCCUGAACCUGAUGGAUUUGAUGGUGAUAGGACUGUUACCAUUAGCAUUCCCACUUACAAUGCUCCUGCAGCUCGUGGUGUCAUUGCAGCUUGUUAUUUGUUUGUCUGCUCCUUUGCUCCAACUUGGGGUAUUGGUAUCUGGAUUUACUGCUCUGAAAUUUUCAACAAUAUGGAGCGUGCCAAGGGUUCUGCACUUUGUGCCGCAGUUAAUUGGGCUUUCAAUUUUGCUCUGGCAAUGUUUGUCCCAGAUGCAUUCCAAAACAUAAGCUGGAGAACAUACAUCAUCUUUGGUGUUUUCUCAUUUGUUAUGACUGUACAAACAUUUUUUAUGUUUCCAGAAACAAAGGGCAAAACUUUGGAGGAGAUUGAUCAAAUGUGGGCAGAUAAAGUCCCAGCUUGGAAGACCGCCUCCCAUGUUCCUGUUUUGCCAAUUGUCGAAGACGAGUAUGGCAACAAAUUGGGUGUCAAUGGAACCGUGCAGCAUGUUGAAGAUGCUAAGCCUCAGAGUGAACUCGUAGAAAAGAUGGAGUCUGCUCGCGAUAGUUCCUCAGGUCCAUGA